GCUAGGUUACAGCAGUAUCUUAUCCACUGCAAGCAUGUACAUACGUACUGCAUGUACAGCAGUACUGACUAACCCGAUGCUUUGCCCCAGGGGCUCCAAAAGGUUGGCGGCACCCCCCAGAUGCUGGACAGAUUUACCAUUUGAAAAGUGCAGAUCUCAUUGGAAGUUUGCGACGCGCAUUUGUGCAAAGUACCCUUUCCGUACAGUAGUGCUGCUACAGUAUUCAUUUCAUGUUCACUCGCGCAACCUUUUAUUUUAUUUUUCGUCUUGCUCGCCAUCACUCUUCGACCCCAGCCGCCAACUCUUUUCUAAACCUCCUGCCCAUCUCAACUCGCAUACGCAGUAGCUCCCGACAGCCUGUCCAUUACGUUACCGUAUCGUGUCGUCUCUAACAAUACCGCCAACAUGGAGAGCAUCAACGAAGAUCAGACCCCCUUCGCAGCCGUCACGGCUCAGACGUCCAAGAUCCAGAGACAAUACCAAGCUUAUCUCGACAAGUCCACCCCCUUCGUCACGUACCGAUGGGUUGGAACAGCCAGCUUCCUCCUAAUCUUCUUCCUGCGCAUCUUCCUGGCGCAGGGCUGGUACAUUGUUGCCUAUGCCCUCGGCAUCUACCUGCUCAACCUGUUCCUCGCCUUCCUCCAACCCAAGUUCGACCCCUCGGUCGAGGCCCUUGACAGCUCCAUGGAUAUGGAAGAUGGAAGCGCCGGCGGCCUCCCCACGAAGCAGGACGAGGAGUUCCGUCCCUUUAUCCGCCGCCUUCCCGAGUUCAAGUUCUGGCACGCCGCCACCCGCGCCAUCGGCAUUGGCUUCCUGUGCAGCUGGUUCGAGGUCUUCAACGUGCCCGUCUUCUGGCCUGUCCUCGUCAUGUACUGGAUCAUCCUAUUCGUUCUGACCAUGAGGAAGCAGAUCCAGCACAUGAUCAAGUACAAAUACGUCCCCUUUUCCUUCGGCAAGGCAAAGUAUGGAAAGAGCAGCACCUCAUAAGGCGUUCGAUAUGUGGUUUGACGUGAUGAUCAGUCGGUGUUGGCUUGGUCAGAUUGUGCAGCGAAUGGACCGAGGAGCAGGAGUACAAGAGAGGUUGGUUUGUAUGCUACGGAGUUGGUUUGGGGAGGGCCUACACUUCUUGUAUAAAGGAUCAUGAUGAUACGAGGCAGCGGCAUGAAUCAUGAGCUGUACGACAGUAUCGCAUGUUUACUGCAUCCAGUGGACUAUCAAGCGUUGAAAAGUUCACAAUAGAACCUGGGUCGAGGUCUGGGUCUGGGUCUGGGUCUGGGUCUAGGUCAGGGUCAGGAUCAGGAUCAGGAUCAGGGGCAGGGAACCGAUUAUGAUCACAGAAUAGACCGUUUAAUGACACGAAUAUUAAUACGAGGUUGUUCCUGUUAUA